AGGCGAGCGACCGAGCGCGGGGCUGCCUGUCGUCCGCCCGCCGGCCCGCUCGGGGGGCGAAGAUGGCGGAGGGGAGCGGCGGCGGGGCGCCUCCCGGGGUCCCCGCGCCGCCGCCCCCGACGCUGAAGGGGCUGCGGGAGCAGAUGGUGGCUGCAGCCCAGGCGUUGGCGGAUGAAAGAAGGAACCAGAGUGGUGUUAGCACUAUUUCACUCCAGUCCCCAAUAAGCACAAAAUCGAAACCAGUGCUGGAUGGUUCUCUCCUGAAAUCAGAAGAAAGGCAGAGGCUUGCCAGGGAACGCAGAGAAGAGCAAGACAAGCAGCAUGCUGCCAAAGAAACACAGUUAUUGGAGAAGGAGAAGAAAGCAAAGCUGCAGUAUGAAAAGCAAAUGGAAGAAAAACAGAAGAGGCUGAGGGAGCAGAAGCUGAGAGAGCAACAGAGAAGGGCUGCUGUGGAACAGAAAAGAAAGCAGAAGAUCGAAGAGGAAAAAGAGCAUUACGAAGCCGUGGUGCAUCGAACGUUGGAGCGCAGCCAGCGGCUGGACACGCGGCAAAAGCGAUGGUCGUGGAGCGGCUCCAUGACAGAUCCCAACGGGAAGGCAGAAGCACCAGCUGUGGCUGAAGCCAGCAAGCGCUCUACUUCCGCCGUGAACCUCAAGCAACCUGAAACGGUCCUCCACAAGCGCCUCUCGUCCUCAGCAGCACUCCUCAGUUCUUCCAGCCAAGGAUCAGCUAAAAGGAGCUCUUCAUUAAACAGGCUGAAUAACAGAAGUUCUGUGAAUUCUGAGCAAGCCCUGCCCAACGCUUUACAAACAGAGCAGAAAGGAGAACCAGAAAAGAAGAGGAGUUCAUCGCUGAGCAGAAUGAGCAAUAAACUUCCCGAAUUAGCAAAUGUGCAGAAAGAAGAAAAAACAGCCCGCCGUUUGGUCAUCCCUUUGGAAAAUAACUCCAUCAGUCGCCUGCUCACCCCCACCCAGGCCUCUCUCGCCAGGAGUAAGAGCGCAGCCACCCUGUCUGCAGACGGCAAGGAUCCCGCAGCUUCCACCAGCUCCCCAGCCCACGUCCCCAAAGUGCCACUGCGCAGUCGCAGCACAGACCGGUUGAAGGGGGCAGCCGCCUCGUCCGAAAACGUUUCCUCGGAAUCUGCACAGAAACCUGAGCCAGGAAAGCAGCCCCCGUCUUCGCCAGGGAGGCGGGCUCUUUCACCCUCGCUGUCUGGUCCCAGACGUUCCGUCUCACCCGGUAACGUGGGGAAGCACCCUCCGUCUCCAGCCGCAAUAAGACGCAGACCUCAUCCAGUUUCACCAAGCGCCUUACGGCAGCGGCCACCUCCUACUGUUACGGUCUCUAAGCCAGCACCGAUACAGCGCCCGCCACUCACCCCAAAUGUCCUCAUUAUUACCAAAAAGAAAACCGACGUGGAGUGCAAACCAAACAAUGGGGUGGCCCAGGAGCAGGGAGCUGCUGGACACCCCUUGGAGAGAGAGGUGUCUGCAGGUCCUUCUAGAACCAAAGAAGAUGCAAGCUGCAAAGCUGUUCCAGGGACUACAAGCGCCGAAGAAGCAGCGAAGAUCUUGGCGGAGAAACGCCGUCUUGCACGAGAACACAGAGAGCGUGAAGACCAGGAAAAACUUCAAAGGGAAGAGGAAGAAAGGAUCCGGAAGGAGGAGGCGGCCAAGGCAGCCCUGGAGAAGCGGGCACAGGAGCAGGAGGCCCUCAGGGAGCUGGGAGAAUCGAAGAGGGCAGGGGAAGAGGAGCAGCGGCGGCUGGCCGAGAAGGACCGGAUUCGGAGGGAGCAGGAAGAGCAGGAAAAGUUGGCGGAGAUCCAGCUGCAGCGGGAAGAAGCCGAAGCAAGAGCCUUUGAAGAGGCCGAAAGGCAGCGGCGGGAACGAGAGCGAAUUAUGCGGCAGAACCUGCAGGAGAGGCUGGAGAGGAAGAAGAGAAUUGAAGAAAUAAUGAAGAGGACACGGAAGGCAGAGCAAAAUGAAGCCAAAAAUGAAGAUAAAUCCAAUGAAGAAGAUGAGGAUGUUGACGAAGAUGAAGAGCUGGGUCUUGAAAAGCAAGAUCAUCAGCCUGAAAAGUCAAAAUAUGAUGACUCCUCACUCGAAGACGGUUCAGAGGCGUUGCACAGUUUUACCUUGCUGCAAGAAGACUCAAAGAUGGAAACAGACGACGUCUUCAUAAACGGGAAUAAACAGGAGGGAGAGGAUGAGAGGAACGAGGACGGGAAUUCUGUACAUUUCAGUCAGUCAGUAGAAGCCAGUAUUCCAGCCAAAGGAACGAUAACCGAGAACUCUGAAAUCUUGCACGUUAACGAAGCCGACCUCCCCAUCGGAUUUAUCCCAAACUUCAAUGGAAAACCUUCGGCAUGGAAUUUUGAAGAAAUCAUUGAUCUAGGGGUGCACCCUCAGACGACUAGGCUCGGUCCAGAGAGCAUUGCUGCUGAUCAGCUGACCCAGAACGUUAGAGACGGGGUGCCAGCGCCUGCAAGUCCCAGGCUGGCGUUUGAGGAAGGAAGUGCCACCAAUUCCUUGACCAGACCGGUAGAGGCGGCAUCAGAACGGUGAACCCUGGGACCCUGGAAGGCUCCUGACACCCACGCAGGAGUGUGAAGGGCUCAUCCAGACAGGAAGGCCAAGAUUUGAAAAAGCUGCUUGUAAACCGUUGUUCACCUCCACGUUUCUCUCAGUGCAACCCCCACUGACCUAACUUUGCACCUUGAAAUGUUGGGGGUGGGGGGAGAUUUUUCGCUGUUGCUUUAUCAGCAUUCUUUAACAAGAUUUCCUUUUUAAAAAAAGUACCAAUUGUUCUCCUUUGGAUGAAAUGUUCGGUAAAUUGCCUGUUGGCCCUUAAUACUCCCUGUUUGCAAGUGACCCGGCGGCUUGCACCAGAGACUUAACGAGCUAGCAUUCUCCCAGGACCCAGCAAGCAAAGCAAAACGGCUUAACCCGAUGCCUGCCGAAAGCCGAGCCAACAUUGUCAUGCGCGUGCAGCACUCCCCAUGCGCUGCUUGUUACGGGAGGUGGCAGUUACACCGAGUUGGACUUGAAUAUCUGAAAACGCAGCACCUCACUCUGGGAUGAGUCACAAUUUGGGCCAGAUCGUUUCUCAUCUUAAAGAAAGCCAACCCCUUGAUUGUCUCUACCAACACUUGAAAACAAGCGUGUGUUCCUGGCAGGUGGGGAAUUUUCAGAACCAAACAGGGAACCCCCGUGUCGGAGGGCGCUCCGUUCUGUGGCCUUACGCAGCUCUUUCAGGGCCGCAGCGAGCUGCUGAGAGCAGCCUUCCAGGGGGGCUCGCUGGAGGCCACUAGCAACGAAGUCUGUCUGGGCUCAUGAGCAGGAUGUGGGUGUGAAGACCAGCCAUAAGUCACGUGUGUGUGUGUGUGCGGGUGUGAGGAAGGAGAGCGAGCAGAGCGGAGGCCUCCAGCUGCAUAAACCCCCAGACUGCGUGCUUUUUUAGAGGGGGCCAGAGCAUCUGACCUUAUUUAUCUUUUUUUUAUUAAUCCACGUGUAUCCUAGCAGGUGGCCUUCAGCCAAGCUGCUUUGUGACUUUUUUAAGCGAUCACACACUGCAGCAUCACUGUCCGGUUUGCCCAGCUGAGUAGUUGCUGCUCGUUUACGGGGUGGGGUGGGGGGUCAAGACUCGUGCAAACCCUCAGUGAAAUCAGUAGCAGCCCCAGCAGGGGCUCUCAGCAGAUCCCUGUCCCGUUGGGUGGUUGGUGUUUAAAUCAGCAAAAACAUCACAUGUGUCACAGGUUAAUUUCCAUCCAUGUCAGUAUUAUUUGUGUGUACAUAAAACCAGUAUUAGACCCUUUGAAGGUGCUUGUUUCUUUUUGGACCUUGUUAACUGCACCCCAAGUUCUCCUGCUAGCUUUCUCUCUCCACUUCCCUCCAGCCAUCGAAGCCACUGGCUGCGUUUUCAACCCAGCCCCUUGAUCUUGUCCCGCAAGAAAGAAUGAAGCGUUUGGCAGCUUCUGCAAAGGCAUAGAGAGGAGAACAGUCAUGCUCGCAUCCUGCUCCCCCCCAGUUCCAAAUAGCUAGAUGCCCCUCUCCAAGGAGCUGUUCUUCAAAGCAACUGUGAGCACCCCCUUCUUCCUCUUCCUAUGACGCAAGCCUGCUCCUCAAACUUUUUUCAGCCAAGAUGUUCCCAGUGAAACCAUUUCUGGACACCCCCCAUGAAAUUACGAAGCCAGUCUCUCCUCUGGUCCCCACAGGCACCCUCCCCAAUGUUUUAGAAUGAUUACCUAUAGAGCAGUGCCUUAGGUUUAACUAACAAAUACUAUUUUUAUACAAUAGCUCUUUGAUUCUGGCAGAGACAAUCGUCCUAACACGCAUGCAAUGACGCUCCUAUUUUUCUGUGCAGACUGAGGUCCGUUGAAUGCUUUGUUAGUUGUAUGUAAAUACAUAUGCACUGUUAAUAAACUUUGCAAUUGAAAAGUC